CACUAAUCCUUCAUCGGCUUCUAACUUCAAUUGAGGUUAUUCCUUAUUUUUUCUGGUAUUCAAGAUGAAGAUUUUCACAGCCGCUCUUUUGGCCGUCAUUGCUCCCCUGUUUGUUAGGGCUUUUACUCCCUGUGCAAACACAGGCGGCAAUGUCACCCACGCCCUCACCAUUACCCCUAAAAUGGCGAGGGACAGUCUGAACGAUCUCCGCACCCGAGACACCGUCACUAUCGACCUCUGGAUCCACGUCCUUACCGCCGGGCCUACCGCCGCAGACGGCUAUGUUGAUGCGACUGGUAUACUCGCCCAAGUGGACUAUCUCCAGCAACAGUAUGCGCCAUGGGGCUUCCAGUUCCAGGUCAAGCCCAUCUCUUACGCUCUCAACGCGGAGUGGGCCUCGAAUAUCGACUCCGACUUGGCGGAGAAGCAGCGUCAGCUCCGUCGCGGCGACUACAAGAGCUUGAAUGUGUACCUCGUUAACGGUGCGACGUAUGGGCAAUGCACCUAUCCUCUUGAUGGGACGGAUCCUCUUACUCAAGAUGAACUCGAUCAAGAUGGGUGUCUUGUGCCGUUGAAGUCGGGUAUCCACGCCCCAGACGGAACAAUCACGCAUGAGAUUGGCCACUGGCUCGGUCUACGACAUGUCUUCGAAGGCGGCUGCAACCAAGACAACGGCGGCGACUUUUGCGACGAUACUUGGCCUCAAGCAUCUGCAUCCUAUGCGAAAAUGGGGAAAGCGGGAGACGUCAACAGUUGUCCAGCAAGGGACUCCUGCCCAGACAAGCCCGGGACUGACAAUGUCAAGAACUUUAUGGACUACACCGACUGUUCGAGCGAGUUCACGCCCUGCCAGGGUGGGCGCAUGGUCGCGGCGUGGAGUCAAAGAACCUCCCGAACUAUCGCAGCUGGGGUGCUGUGGAAGUAAACUUAGACUCGAUGUGCCGUCUCGUGUUCCUCCCUGCCCCUGAUCAGAUGUCUUUUGCACGCUUCUCUUCCCUUCUAUUUGACAUAUUGCAAGCCAUAUUUCGUGUUUUCCUUUGGCAAUUUGAACAUAUUGAACCGUCAUACGCCCUUUGGAUUUCAGUGAUCGGUUUUGCGGAUAUCGGAAUGAGCGGACGAGCUCCCACUCUUUGACUCGCUACAGAGAUCGAGAAAUACCACCAUCGUCAUCGUGGUAAGCCCAUGCUUGGAAUGCAAAACUGCGUGAAGAAUUCAAUAGCGCAAUGGCAUC